UCCUACACAAUCCCUCUCUUCCCGUCUCCCACCUAUUCUUACUUUGCCCUCCUCCUCCUUCCCUUGCUCAUCCUCGUCUCCCUCUCUGUGACCCCAACCUCUGCCCCCCGGACUCCCUCCUGAUCGGUCCCCCCUUCUCGCCAACUCCCUUCCUUCUUCCUUCAUCCCUGUCCUGUGGUCAUUACCUGCCUCUGCCGGAAGAACUUUCUGGGAAUCUCAUUUUUUUUCAAUCCGAUUUAUUUUAAUUUUUAAAAAUCUUUUCGAUCUCCAGAUAAAUAUUUGUUUCAAAUUAGUGGUGGUGGGGGGGGAGACAAAUCUUUCGCUUCUGCUCUCCAGUAAAAUUCUGGGCGCCCUCCAAGUUUCAGGGUUGGAAGUAUCGCCUCCCCCGCGCCUCCACCGAAAGCCCCCCGUGGAUUCGCCUAUGCUGUGAGAUACAGUUGGACAAAGCCGUGGAUGCCUCGGGUUGCCCCCACUCUGUGGCAUACAGCUGGCAAAGGGUUAACCAGCAGGGCUUAUAAUAACAACCCUUUUGUCAUUGAGUCAGGGGAAGGAAAAAAGGAAGCCAGCCUCCAGAUAAUAGGAAUCCUGUCCUCCACUUACUUCCAGCAGCGGGAAUCUAAUGGCCGAGUGCAACGCUCUCUCCCUCUCACCCAGACGAGGAGAUGAUUAACAGGAGACUACAUGUAUCUCAAUACGCGGAGCAGCUGUAAGCGCCUCUGACUCAAGUGCUCAGCACCAGAAGGAAGAGCUCCAGAGCCUUCCCGACUUACCUUUCUGCUGGGGCAUCUGGAGCAUGAGGUCCUGAUAAACAUGGUUGCAGGUUGGGCGCUGACGUUCCUGCUGGUUUGGUGCAUCUGCCGCACUUCUCAAACAGACGACAAACUUCAGAAUUUGACGUUGGCGGUGGUGCUUCCUGAGACCAACACCCAGUAUCCAUGGGCUCUGCCCAGAGUUGGACCGGCCAUCAAACUGGCCAUCGAACGCAUCAACAACGACUCCAGCCUUCUGCCCGACCUUAACGUCUGGCCCGUGUUUGGGAACAGCGAGAACAAAUACGGGAGAUGUUCGGACGCGGCGGCCCCGCUGGUGGCUGUAGACUUUCAGUUCACCUACAAGCCGGCGGUGUUCAUCGGUCCUGGGUGUAUGUAUUCGGCUGCUCCGGUGGGUCGCUUCACGGGGCAUUGGAAGGUCCCGCUCAUCACGGCUGGAGCAAGCGCCUAUGGGUUUGGUGACAAAGAGGAGGAGUACAAGUUUACCACCCGGAUGGGUCCCAUCUAUCUCAAACUGGGCCAGUUUGUGGUACACCUCCACCAGCAGUACAACUGGAGCAGACACGCCAUGGUGCUGUACAGCGUGGACAAACAGGACGACCGGCCAUGCUAUUUCACCAUUGAGGGGCCCUAUGUGGAGCUAGGAAAACUCAAAAACAUGACGGUGGCCGACAUGAACAUAAACGAGACGGAACCGGUCAACUUCACCCCCAUUAUCCAGGAUAUCGUACAUAAAAGCCGCAUUGUUUAUAUUUGCUGCUCUCCGAACAUUUUCCGACGGUUCAUGCUACAAGUCUAUCAACAAGGUUUGUGCUUCGGAGACUACGUGUUCUUCUAUGUUGAUAUCUUUGGUGCCAGCCUCCAAGGCUCCAGAUACCCAGACUUCAGGCGGCCAUGGUACAGAGGAGACGCAGAUGACACUAAAGCCAAGGAAGCAUUUCAGGCAGUGAUGAUUAUCACCAUCAAAGAGCCCAACAACCCUGAGUAUGAGGAAUUCCUGAACGACCUGAGGAACUACGCUCACAGAUUCAAUCACACCAUGGAGAACACUCUGAUGAACACGGUAGCAGCUGCGUUCUACGAUUCAGUCAUGCUCUACGCCCAGGCUGUUAAUGACACCCGGGCAAAGGGAUACAGUAUGAAGAAUGCCAGUGCCAUCACCGAUCACAUGUGGAACAGAACCUACUAUGGCGUGUCCGGAUUCAUGAGGAUAGAUGACAAUGGUGACCGGGAAACGGACUACUCCCUCUGGGACAUGUCACCAACCUCUGGAGACUUCCAGAUUGUGGCCACUUACAAUGGGACCCUCAGGAGGAUGGUCAAGGUGCCAGGACAGAAGAUCCAUUGGCCAGGGAAUGGCGUUCCACCACUUGACUUCCCACCCUGCGGGUUUGACAACAGCAAUCCGGCGUGCAAGAAAACCAGUUUCUCCAUCCUGGAAGUCACGUCGAUUGUGAUCUGCUUCAUCCUCCUGGUGAUUGCAAUCUCAUCCAUCUUCAUAUACAGGAAGCUGCGUUUGGAGAAAGAGUUGGCCGCAGAGCUGUGGAAAGUACGAUGGGAGGACAUUCAGACAAGCAACAUGGAGAAAAACCUCCGUAGGGCAGGCAGCAAGCUCACGCUAUCACUGAGAGGCUCAAAUUACGGAUCCCUGCUCACCACCGAAGGCCAGUUCCAGAUCUUUGCCAAGACGGCAUAUUACAAGGGUAAUAUUGUCGCAGUUAAGUACAUCAACCGGAAACGCAUCGAACUGACCCGCAAAGUGCUGUUUGAACUGAAGCAUAUGAGGGAUGUGCAGAAUGAACACCUCACCCGCUUUGUGGGGGCCUGUACCGACCCUCCAAAUAUAUGUAUCCUGACGGAGUACUGUCCUAGAGGCAGCCUGCAGGAUAUUCUGGAAAAUGAGAGCAUCACCCUGGACUGGAUGUUCAGAUAUUCACUAAUCAACGAUAUUGUCAAGGGGAUGCUCUUCCUCCACAACAGCGUCAUUGUGUCCCAUGGUAACCUGAAGUCGUCCAACUGUGUGGUGGACAGUCGGUUCGUGCUGAAGAUCACUGACUAUGGACUGGCCAGUUUCCGCAGUGUGGUCGACUCAGAGGACUCUCAUGCUUAUUUUGCUAAGAAACUAUGGACAUCACCAGAGCUUCUGCGCCUUGAGUCUCCCGAUCCACAGGGCAGUCAGAAAGGAGAUGUUUACAGCUUCGGCAUCAUACUGCAAGAGAUUGCACUGAGGAAUGGGGUAUUCUACAUGGAUAGCAGCGACUAUAGUCCUAAAGAAAUCAUAGAAAGAGUAAAAAGCAGAGAGAAGCCAUAUUUCAGGCCAUCUACCAACCUUUACUGCCAUAUCCAGGAGCUAGGGAUCCUUAUGCAACGAUGCUGGGCAGAGGACCCAUUGGACAGACCAGACUUCAACCAGAUCAAAGUUCUACUACGCAAGUUCAACAGAGAAAACAGCAGUAACAUCCUGGACAAUCUGCUCUCUCGUAUGGAGCAGUACGCUAAUAACUUGGAAGAGCUUGUAGAAGACAGGACACAGGCAUACUUGGAGGAGAAACGUAAGGCAGAGGCCCUCCUGUACCAGAUAUUACCUCACUCUGUUGCCGAACAGCUGAAAAGAGGGGAAACCGUUCAGGCAGAAGCCUUUGAUAGCGUCACCAUUUACUUCAGUGACAUAGUGGGAUUCACGGCUCUGUCUGCAGAGAGCACUCCAAUGCAGGUUGUCACUCUCCUAAAUGAUCUUUACACCUGCUUCGAUGCCAUAAUAGACAACUUUGAUGUCUACAAGGUGGAGACGAUAGGAGACGCUUACAUGGUGGUAUCUGGGCUGCCAGUUCGUAACGGGAAACUCCAUGCCCGUGAGAUUGCCCGGAUGUCUCUCGCUUUAUUGGAUGCUGUCAAGACUUUUAAAAUUCGCCAUCGCCCAGAACAGCAGCUGAGGCUUCGCAUUGGAAUCCAUACAGGUCCUGUCUGCGCUGGAGUUGUUGGCCUGAAGAUGCCACGGUAUUGUCUGUUUGGGGACACUGUGAACACAGCUUCAAGAAUGGAGUCUAAUGGGGAAGCACUAAAGAUUCACGUCUCCACAGACACACGGAUUGUUUUGGAGGAAUUUAACUGCUUCCAUCUGGGCUUGCGAGGAGAUAUAGAGAUGAAGGGUAAAGGAAAAGUGCGGACAUACUGGUUAUUAGGAGAAAGAAGCAGCAGCACCCAUGGUUGACACCUCGUACCUCAUCGAUAGUGGAUAAGACUCAGGGUACUCUCAGCCUUCAUGUUUGUACCUUUUGGAUACAGUGAACUGAUGUUUCCACCUCACGAAUCAAGGACCCUUAAAUUAACCAGGGACGUGGCAUAACUUCCAAAAUGUGGACCAAACAGAAUGUACUGUACAUUGUCCAUGAGACUAUCAACUCAAUGUAUUCAUCUGAGCAACCACCUCAGGCCAAGUGUUGACCAAAAAUCAGCGGAGACUGUGGAGAUCGACAGCAAACAUCCUAUUAUCAUCUGUCCCAACCCGGUCAUAUGAUCUUACUCUCUGUAGCUUCUGCUGAACAUCGUCAAUAGAUGUCCUAGUUCUUAGCGGACCAGAUCAGUUAGGUAUCUGCUAUCGUAAUCCACCAUGUUUGGCUCAAAUACCAUUCCAUAAAUUUAUCAGUCCUUACGAAAAGUUCUCACUGCGGUUAACAUUCACCCACGCCAUGUGCUGAUGAUUGUUUUAUGACCAGUCGUUUGGCUGCAAAGUCAGUAGAUACUGAAAGAUGCAAGACCAAAAAAAUCAAACCUGGCGGGUGUCAGACUUCGGAAUGAUCAUUUGUUUUACAGUUUUACCCAACAGUCAGCUUUUAGUGUGGCAGAUGACUAUGGGCAGCUUUACGAAGCCAUCUCUGACAUUACAAGAUUAAGGCUUAAAUCACCGUCAGAUAUUCUGUCAGAUUGUACAGUUCCCAAUAAACACCAAAGUCUACCCUAAUUCCCUUUAGCAGACUUGACAUUGACAUUGAGAAGACGAGUUUCUCUGCUAAGCUGCUGGCUUGUCUAAGCACUUGAAGGUUAUGAAAUGGCUUUAAGAUAUUUAAGCCUUAGAUGUUCUUGGAAAAUCUUGAGCUUUGUAAAUGUAUAAAAUGGACCAAAAUCACGAUACAAAGAGACUCCAGAAGCCUGCCCGCAGGAGCUUCAUGACAGAAGGUCACUGGACUGAAAGGAAAGUGUGACUUGCCACCUACGAUGCCCUCAUAGGACUCCCUGUGAAUGGGCUACAAAUGUGAAAUGGACGCUCUUGUUUUUCUGCUAUAAAUAUUUCUAAAUUCU